AUGAGCGAGAAACCCGAAAUUGCGCCCAUACAGGGGGACGCGGCGCCCGAAGGUGCCCUCGCUAACACUUUGAAGGAGAAAAGCGAGGGUCAUCUAGCAGACCCAGGCGUUUUGAAUGCACUAGACGAGCCACAUAGAAUUCAGCAGAUCAUUCAAGAAGGCCUUUUGCUGGCAGGAGGCGCAGCUGCUAUUCUGCUCCAAGUGGCUGAGCCCGGCGUCGGGAAAGGGGUCCAUAAGCACAGCGACUUCGCAUCCCGACCGCUCGAUCGUCUUCGCACUACAAUGACAUAUAUCUACUGCAUGACAUAUGGCACUAGAGAUGAGAAAAAAGCGAUCAUAGAGAUGGUUCAUCGAGUCCAUGCUCCCGUCAGUGGGCCCGAUUAUUCGGCCAAUGACCCCGAGCUUCAGCUGUGGGUAGCAGCAACACUCUAUGCGGUUGGGACUGAUCUUUACCAACGAGUCUUCGGAAACAUGGAUCAAGAGACUUCUGAUGCGAUAUACCACGAAUACUCGAUCCUGGCCACAUCACUUCGUGUCCCUCCAGGGAUGUGGCCUCCGUCCCGUUUGGCCUUUUGGCAAUAUUGGGAUGCCAAAAUAGCGACCGUUGAAAUCACUGAUGACGCAAAGCAUGUGGUCGAAGAUCUACUCCGAAACAAAAAAUUACCAAUUCCAAUGCGUGCUGUUCUUCCUCUGGUGCGUCUCACUACUACUGAGAUGCUUCCCCCGAGAAUUCGUGAGGCAUACGGCCUGAAGUCCACUAAGAUACGAAGAGGGUCUUACCGAUUUCUGAUGGGGUUCACCAGGGUUACAUACCCCCAUCUUCCCCGAGUGAUUCGAACCUAUCCUAUGCGGUACUAUUUGAAGGAUAUGCGGCGAAGACUCAGCCAAAUGGCUUAG